AUGACAAUCGGCCGAACCUUCAAUGUCGUUGGCGCCCACUGUGGCGGCGAGGUCUGCGACGUCAUCGUCGGAGGCGUCCUCGACGUCCCAGGCAAAACAAUGUUUGAAAAAAUGAUGCAUUUCUGGAAAAAAGCAGACCACUUGCGCAACCUGUUGAUGAACGAGCCCCGAGGCUCGUCGUCAAUGUGUGUCAACUUGGUCCUUCCGCCAUGCAACCCCGAAGCCGACGCGGGGUUCAUCAUCAUGGAGCACGAGGAGUACCCUCCCAUGUCUGGCGCCAAUACCAUCGCUGUGAGCACUGUUCUGUCGGAGACGGGCAUGGUACCGAUGCAGGAACCCACCACGACACUCCGUCUGGAUACGCCAGCCGGUCUGGUGACGGUCACAGCCGAGUGCAAGGACGGCAAAGUAACAUUUGUGGAGUUUCAAAACGUUCCGGCUUUCGUCUACGGGUUGGAUUUGGAUAUCAACGUCCCGGGCUUCGACACGCCCGUCAAGGCUGACAUUGCAUGGGGAGGAAUGUGGUAUGCGCUGGUCGACGCGAGCUCAGUGGGCCUACAAAUCAAGACGGAGAACGGAAAAGUAUUGGUCGGCAUAGGCGAGCGGAUCAAAAGAGCCAUCCAAACGCAGACGAGCCCGGUACACCCCGAAAACCCAGAGAUCCGAGGUGUCAGCGUCUUCGAGUUCACAGAGCCGCUGUCGCCCUACGCGCCAGAUGCACAGCAGACUGCCGUGAACACCGUGGUAGUAUCCCCGGGAAGACUCGGCCGGAGUCCGUGUGGGACAGGAACAUGUGCGCGGUUGGCGGUUCUCCACAAGAGAGGUCAGCUCGCGGUCGGAGGAUCAUUCCGACACCGCAGCGUGAUUGGAACCAAAUUCGUCGGAACGGUGAAGAGCGAGGCAAAGGUUGGGGACUAUGAUGCUAUUAUUCCCGUGGUGAAGGGGACUGCCUGGAUAACGGCUUUCAAGCAAGUCAUCUUGCACCCCACAGAUCCAUUCCCUGAAGGGUUUAGGGUUGGAGAUAAGUGGCAUGUCAGUUAG